ACUUCAUAAGAAAGACAAAUUUAAUAAGCAUGCCAAAUAAAACCUGAAAGUGCGUUAUAAAAUUAUUCUUGGCAGCCUUAUGGCAUUGAUGUGACACAACCUUUUCAGCUCACCUAUCACAGUGACGUGGUGAGCUAUUGUGAUCGCUUUUUGUCCGGGGCCCGUCUAUAAACUUUUACUUUAAAAGACAACUCCUCAUAAACUGCUUUGUCAAUUUUAUCCAAACUUCACAGGAGUGUUCCUUUGGUCACGGAUUAAUAUUGUAAUAUAAAUCCGUGCUUUGGUGGUCACCUUUAAAUUAUAAAUAUAUAUAAAGACUGUCCCACUCUUUUUAUAGAAACAUUCCGACGGAUAAUUACACGCACAAAAGCAAAGAAACAUCAAUAUUUAAAUAUUAUUAUUUCAUUUAAGCGCGGUCCGCCUCGUCUCGAGUCACGGUCCGUCCUGUCCCAAAAUACGGUCCAUCCCGUCCAAACAAACGGUCCGCUUUUAUACGGUCCGCCCUGUCUCACGGUCCGCCUUGUCCGUAAUUCGUCAAAACAUUUCCGAAUGAAAGAUAACAACAUCCGGUGAAGAAAGGCAACAAAAAUGAAGUUAUUUUACAGCAAAUAACAACAACAGGAUAAAGAAUUUGCAAUAUAUUGAUGACAUGAAGACUCUUAAAUUGUGGGUUCACAAAGGAGAGUACACUGGCAAACAAGUUGAAGAAAUUGUGAUCAAUCCAAAAGAGAUAGCUGGAAUCAGUAUUGGUGAUGUUGUUGAAAUUUAUCAUCCAGAGGAAGAAUAUAGUCGGCUAUUACUACAAAUAAAGUCUUUUCCAGAUGAGGUCCAACCUAAAGAAAACACUGUCAGUAUAGAACAGUCUAUAGCUAGUGCUUUUCAACUGAAAAAUUAUCAGAAUGUUAUUGUUAACAAGGUGGAUAAAAAG